GCGGCGAUGUGCAGGAUGUCGUUCAAGAAAGAAACACCACUUGCCAAUGCUGCAUUUUGGGCUGCAAGAAAAGGAAACCUGGCUCUCCUCCAGCUGCUGCUGAACAGUGGGCGAGUAGAUGUGGACUGCAAAGACAGCCUUGGCACAACAGCUCUGAUGGUGGCAUCUUACUAUGGCCACAUAGAUUGUGUACGGGAAUUGGUGUUGCAAGGAGCAGAUAUCAAUCUGCAGAGAGAGUCAGGUGCAACUCCUCUGUUCUUUGCUGCACAACAAGGCCACAAUGAUGUAGUGAAGUUUCUCUUCUCAUUUGGAGCCUCCACUGAAUUUAAGAAUAAAGAUGGAGGUACAGCUCUUCUGGCUGCCUGUCAGUAUGGGCACGCAAAAGUAGUGGAAACUCUGUUGAAGCACGGCGCCAACAUUCACGAUCAGCUCUACGAUGGAGCUUCUGCAAUUUUCCUGGCGGCACAGGGAGGCUAUCUGGAUGUCAUCCGACUGUUGCUUUCUUCAGGAGCAAAGGUUAACCAGCCACGGCAGGAUGGGACAGCUCCCUUGUGGAUUGCCUCACAGAUGGGUCACAGUGAAGUGGUGCGAGUCAUGCUGCUCCGCGGUGCUGAGCGAGACGCUGCGAGGGAUGAUGGUACAACUGCUUUACUGAAGGCUGCCAUUAAAGGAUACAACAAUGUGAUAGAAGAGUUGCUGAAAUUCUCUCCCACGCUUGGCCUCCUUAAGAAUGGGACCUCUGCUCUCCACGCAGCUGUCCUGAGCGGCAACGUGAGGACAGUGGCACUGCUCCUUGAGGCAGGAGCAGACCCAUGCCUGAGGAACAAGGCAAAUGAACUGCCAGCAGAACUAACAAAAAAUGAACGCAUCCUCCGACUCCUCCGUGCAAAGGAAAAGCAAAGGAAAAGCUAAUGCAGCCCUGUAGCAAAUGCAGUUUGACAGAGAUGUGCCCUGACCACAGCAGCAUGAUAGUAAACCCAGGCUACCCAAGAAGGGCUUGUUGGAACAGUUUGCAGAACUGAUUAGCCUCUCCAGUACAUGCUCCCUGAAUGCACGAUGCCCUUGCCAUAGGGUUACCACGGGCUGAGGCCUCUGCCCGGCAUCACUAGACGCAGGACUAUGACAAGAGCAGGGGCAGGCCAGGAGCUGCGUUUGCACCGCAGCCCUGCCUGUACUCCAAGAUCCCACCACUCCCAGCACCAACGUUUGCUCCUCCACGCCUCCAAGCGUACACAUCCUCACACAGGCGAGCAUUCCUACUGUUUCAGACACGCAUCCCCAUGGCCACAUACCUGUAACAGGUGCCUGGGGGUGCAUGUGUGGGCUGGGAGCACUCAGCCCUUGUGCCAGAAGGAUGCCCAGACCUUGCAGCUCUUUGGAUUCAGACAGUCCUGGCACGGCCCCACGGCGCUGCUGCCCUCCCUUUGCUGACAGUGCUAGCUCAGAUCAUUCCUCUCUACCUCCAAGUGCCACGUGAGGCUAGAGGUGAGAUCCUGCCUGCAAUAUCACAACAGGAAAAGUCCUCCUGCCAGCCCAGGGGUUUGGUAACAUUUUUGCUGCUACAUGAAACUCCAUAAAAAUGAUCAAGAGCAUUACAAAUGAUGCCAAAAGCUAUCAACCAAACAAAAAGCAAGGAAAUGUCCUCUCAGUUGUAGCAUCUUGAUCUGUCAGUCUGUCCAGCAACAGAAACACAG